AUGAAAGCGCUUGAUGUGGUUGUUGACAUGCACGUUUGCGGGUACGAACUGCAACGUCAUCGGAUCGAUAGCAGUCGCCGCAACCAGCUGAUGCUGCUGCUGCUGUUGUUGUCGUCGUUGUUGGUGCAGCCGCUGUUGUCGUUGAUUUUGCUGGUGUUGCUCCAGCCGCUAAAGGACAGCAGAAACGGAGCGCAGCGGAGUGACACUUGCACUUUUAUGAGAACCGUCGCGUGA